UUUUUUUAAAGAUAAUUGCUAAUACUUUGCGCAAUAAUGCCCAAGUAUACAAUAUUAUCCAGCCUCAUUUUCACAUAAUUUUAAAUAAUUACAUUUAUUUAACGUAUAUAGCACAGCGGUGCAUUCUUUUCUCUUCAGAACAAUUUCGCUUAAGCAUUGUCAACAGGACAGGGGCUAGAUCAUGUUUACGAUUCUUUUCUUUUCGAACAUUAUGCUGGGCCAAACAGCGUCACGUGACGCGGAGCUUUCCUUAGUUCACUUCCUGUCCGUCGCCGUGGUUACGAUUUGAUUCCGGAAGUGGCUUUGCACAACACAAAAACAUGUCUGUGCAAAGCUGGGUCGACAUCCUAAAAUCAUCCAAGAAAACUGCUUUGAUUCACGAUGGAAAACGGAAAAUUCACUACCUUUUUACGGAUGGAAAAGAAAUGGCGGAAGAGUAUGACUUGAGAACCGAUGAACUGCUUGUACGAAAGUGGCAGCACAAAAGCACACUUGGAGCACAGGGCCAAUGGCAGGAAGAAGUUGGAGAGCCACGUGCAAGUCCUGACGCCUGUUUGGAUGCUGAGCUGAUAAAAGAGAACUGUGCCAAUCCUGUCUUUAUGCGGAGAGAUACAAAGACCAGUUUUCAGUGGAGAAUCCGGAACCUUCCCCACCCAAAAGACGUCUUUGAUGUUUCAGUGCAACCAUCUGAGAGGUGUAUUGUCGUCAAAACGUCAAAUAAAAAGUAUUACAAGAAGUUUGGUAUUCCUGAUCUGGAUCGGAGUCACCUUCCAUUUGACAGCUCAGCUUUAAGCUUCACUCAUGCCAAUAACACGCUAAUAGUGAGCUACAAGAAACCCAAAGAGAUUUUAACCCUUGAGCAGAAUCUGAUGAAGGAACUGAAGAAGCUGAAGGGAACCGGCGAAGGCGACGUUGACUGCAAGACUCAGUGAAUUAUGACUACGGCAGCCUGGGAGUACAUCUGAGCUGCGUGUCAAGACGAAUCUCUUGAUCAAAAUGUUAAGACCAGUUGAAAAGUUGUAUAUGUACAUGUAUAUUUUCUUCUAUGUAGUCUGGAACUGAUGACCAUUUUUGUUAAUUCUCCGCACCCAUUCCCAAAUGUUCCCAAUUGGAUGAACACGCAGGGCAGUGGUCUAAACGAGUGACGUUAUUCCUCUGGAAUUAGUCCUAUGUCAGGCGGGAAUGCAGCGCUGUCUUGUUGAAAAACCCAAUCCUUAGCCGAGGGCCUUGAGUCGUCAGAGAUGCCCGCCUGCAACAUCUCCGUGUAGCCAUUUGCCAGUUUGACGCCCCUGCACAACCUGACGCUCCAUUGUUCCAUUGAAGAAGGAAGCGCCCCCACAUCAACUGUGCCGUGUGGAAGUAUUUGGGAAGUAUUUGGGAUCACCUUGUCAUGCCAGUAACGUUGGAAGCCAGUGUCCCAUGUUUGGUGCGCUCAUGUAAAUUCCAAAGGCAAAUUCUGUGUCUGAUUGACAGUUUAUUGGACUGCAAGGAUCGUCCCGUGUAUUUACAAAAAGUGAGGGCCGGUGACAUUUUUUUGGGUGUUCCACUUGACUUUUUUUUGCUCCAUAACCCUCGGGAUUUAAGACAGUGGUCUCAAACACGCGGCCCGCGGGCCAAAUGUGGCCCGCAGGACAUUAAUUUGAGGCCCCCGCCUUGAUAUGAAAGUUUAAUGUUAGUGCGGCCCGCGCAAGUUUGAUAUGGAUGCUGUAUGGUAUCAUGUACCCAGAAAAAAUUAUUACGUUUGAUUCAUGUUCAUGUUAAAGGUUAAAUAACUGUUAAUAGUUAUCCUCCCUAUCCGUGUGGAAGUGGUAAGUUUUUGGCUAUUUAAGUUGAAAGGAAAUAACUUGAAGGCUACCGUUUAGGUCGCUAGCUCUCUAGUUUGCGAGUUAGCAUGUGUCUCAAGACCCUGCAGUUGCGCAAUAUGUUGUA